GGAAUGGCCAAGAGAAUCUGUUUCGUAUCAUUCAAUAAAUGCUGCAGCAAAAUUUCACCACCAAAGCCUACACCAAUAACAGUUAAUCCAUCAAACACAGCAACUGCAAUCUACAAGACUACAACAGAGGAAGAAGAUUUAGAAGAAUUUGCCAAUGAAAUCUCUGAAAUAGAGUUCUCCGGAGGUGAGAUCAGUGAUGCCGAUAUAGAGCAGGCAGAAAGGGAAAGUGUUGCUGAGCUAGAAUCUGAUGACACAGAUGAUGAACAAGAAGAGAGAAAAAUACAGAAAGAUACGAGACGACCAAUUAAGGGUGAACAUAAGAAGGAACACCAUCAUGGACGUAAAGGAAAAAAAAUACCUAUGCUGAAAAGAAAAUGUUGUAGAGCAGGACGCAUGCAGGCCAGAAAGGAGAAUACCAGCGAGAUAGCAGUCUGCAAGAGUGAUGCAUUUGGCUUCUUGAAGAGACUAAAGAGAGUUGGACCAUUCGCAAAGAGGAUUUGUUUCUUCAGCUUCAAAAAAUGUUGUAGUUACGAACCGAGGACAACAACAACUACGGCACCUACAACCCCUAAGCCUACAGCUACAACCACAGAUGACUACUCAUAUGAGGACAUGUAUGACAUGGAUGACCUGGGUGAAGAGAAUUAUUAAGAAUAUAUCUGACAUUAUCGAUCUGAGAUAAAGUAAAACCUGUGUGAGUUGAACACCUCCAAGAUAAAUAGUGUUCCACUUUACA